AUGGCUGACGAUCUCAAUGAUUUGGAAGAUAUAAAACUGACUUCGGAAGAAGCAUCCCGGUUAAGGGAUGCUUUUCAAGACAAAAAAUUUCUGAAACUGUUCCAAGAUUAUGUUGAAGAUAUUAAUAGUAAAGAGAGUCGAAAAAAUUAUGAAGAAGAGAUUAUAGCUAUGGAAAAAGAGAGAGGAUUCGAUGUAAAAUUUUUACAUCCGGAACCAUGGUACGUCAUGAAAUUUGUUACAAAUGGGAAGAAAAUAUUCGUUAAUAUUUGCAGAAAUGAAUAUGCAGCUGGACCGACAGCUGAAAGGAGGAAUUCUGGUACCGAAUGGAAGAUACCAGUCAUUUUGUCCAAACCGAGGGAAGAUUUGGAUAAGAAAGGAGUGAAGUGCACUGUUAUUGAUGCUUCAUUCCAUUCAGAGACCAUGGAACGUGCGCUGAAUGAUAUACGAUUCAAGCGACUAGUGGAAGACACAGCUAUAUCUACUAUUCAUGAUAGUUUCAAUAUUCACUUGGAAAGAGCACUUGCAAAAUAUCCAAAGAUGAAGUAUAAAGGCAUACCGCCGUCUGUUGUCCUCAGGCGAAGUAAACAAAAGAAUUUGGUUUGCGAGCCAAUAGAUGAAUAUUACAAAAAUAAGUUGGCAGAAAAAAGGAAAGAAAUUUUAUCACAGAUGCCUAAAAAGGUUCAAAAACCAAAGUAUGUAAUUAAAUAUAGAGAUAUAAUAGAUAUGAAGGACUUCAGCUUGAUGGGAUAUACCGAUAAAUGUGCACCUAAAGAAAUUGUGAUCGAUAUUGAUCUCCUAGAAGUUCAAAAUGCAAGUGAAAUUCUGUUGGAUGUAUUCGAGAAGAAACUCAAGUUGGAAAGUAUUCCAGAAGUUCAUCACGCUUAUCUUUUAGAUAUGGAUCUUAGUUAUGCUGUGGACAAAGAUGCGGGGAGUGCACAAUUCAACAAAGCCAAUAAGACACUAAAUGUCAGACUACCGGUAAAAAACAGAGGAUUACCAGCGGAUAUGAAUUCAACUAAUGGCGAAUAAAAUUCCUUGUUGAAGAUGACGCUUCAUCCAUUCAAGAACACAAAAUAUUUCACAAUUCACUGAAUAUAGCAGCCAUCAUAAUUCAUAACUGAAAAAUGCUUGAAGAUUAGCUAAGAAGUAUGAACAGAAGAAACAGUACUUAAGAGACAUUACUAAAUGCCUUAGCAUAGCCUCUUCGCAUCAUAAAUGAAGUUCAAAGAUAGCUGUAUACCAGAUAAUUUACGGUUAACAUCACGAGAUUUCAGGUCUAAAGAUUUGUAUGACAAUUCAUUCUGUUAACAUCGGGUUAAUUUUUCCAUUUCAGCUGAAAGUUAAGAAUGAGAGAAAAUACAUAGUAUGCAGGUCAUGCUCCAUGCUGCAAGAAUGUAACAAAAUCUAAGUGUUCGAGGCUAGCAUUAAUGUUUUUUAAUAAUAAAUUAAUGUAACAGAUAACGCUAGGUUUGAGCACAUGUAGUUCAAACGAAGAGCAAAUAUUCAGGAUUGCCUGCCUUUUAAUAAACAUUAUUGCAAUUAAAAAAAUGUAAGUAAAAUUUCUUGGGGCGGUAUUUCGUAAUUUCAUUCAUUUCUGCACUAAUUUCUGUAAAACCAAAAUUUAAAAAAUAAAUAAAUAAAGUCUUUUCUUUUAUUAGAAAUGGAACUUAACUUGUUAACUAGAUUUUUUUUCCCUCUGAACUCAAAAAUCCUAUUAGUUUCUCCCCAUCAGUGCAACGUUUGAGACGCAGGUUAUGUUAAUACAUAAUACAUUCGGAACAUACGACAGAAGAAAAAAUUUAUCGCACUUAUACAUUUUCAUUCUCGUAAAUAAUAUUUUUAUACCAUGGAACAGUUUACUUAGUCUUUAAAAUGAGUAACUGUUCCGAGAGUUAUCCAACCUUUUCGCGUGAAAAGUCACUUAAAGUGUUUGCAAGCAACUCGCAGGCUAGAAGUUGUUAAGAAUUCUAUAAAAACAUACAGGGUUACUAUAUAUUAUUCACUGAGUUUCGAAAUUAUGUAUUUUAUUUUUCAAACAAUAUGUGAAAAAAUCUUACAUGAAAUGAAAUAAAAUAUUUUCAGAUUUUGUU